UCUCUCCAAGCCAGAGCUUCGGGUAGCAGUGGAGCCCCCACCCCACGCCAGGCAAUGGCUGAGCCUGGAGAGCAACUGCCGGAGGAGGUGCUGGUGCUCAUCUUCCGCCACCUGCCCCUGAGGGACCGUGCUGCCGCUGCCAGGGUAUGCAGAGCCUGGGCGGCUGCUGCCACCUGCAGUGCUGUGUGGCAUGACACGAACAUCAGUUGCAACUGUGAGGGAGAAGGCAUGCUGCCACCAUAUCUGUCCACCUGCCUGGACCACAUUCACAACCUGUGGCUGGAAUUUGAGCCGUCGAGGAAGCCGAGCCGCCGGAUGGCCACGGAACUGCUGACCGCACUGGCGGGCCGCACCCCAGGGCUUCGAGGCCUGCAUCUGGAGUGCCUGGGAGAGAAGCCCCUCUUCGACGCAGGCCGCGACGUCCUGGACGCCGUGCGCGCCAUCUGCCGGGCUGCUCCGGCGCUGCGCCAUCUCGACCUGCGGCACUUGCCCUUUACUCUGGACGACGCGCUGGUGCUGCAGGUGGCACACGGCUGCCCCGAGCUCCGCAGCCUCUUCCUGAACAACGGCACUUUGGUGGGCAGCGUGGGGCCGGGCUCCGUGCUCGAGCUACUAGAGGCCUGCCCGCGCCUGUGCACCCUUGGCCUGCACCUGGCCAGCCUGUCACACCCCGCCCUCGAGGUGCUGGCGGCCCCACACCACGAGCCUUUCGAACUCUUGGCCUUGCGGUGCGCCUGCCCAGAGGACGCACGCGCCCCGCCUCUGCCCAACGAAGCCUGGGCUGCGUUGCGCCACCGCCACCCUGGACUGGUUGUGGAAGUGGAACUGGAGCCAGCACUCUCUGAUGAGAGCGUGACUCGCGUCCUGCAGCCUGCUAUGCCAGUGGCUGCGCUGCGGCUCUGUCUCUCUGGAGACACUGUAGGUCCCGUGCGCUUCGCAGCGCUGCACUACGCGGAAACCUUGCGCGUGCUCGAGGUGCGCGCCGCCGCCUCUCCGGAGCUAGACGCUGCUCUGGAGUUGCUCGCGGCCAGCUGCCCGGGCCUUCAGGAAGUGCACUGCUUCUGCGUGGUGCGACCCUCGGUCCCGCACGCUUUCCGUGCGCACUGCUCGCGCCUGCGCAGCUACACGCUCAAACUAAAGCGGGAGCCACAUCCCUGGCGGCCCACACUUGUGGAGUGA